UAAUCAUCGAUUAUAAUUCGGCCAAAUUCGUUCUAUGGGGAUGCAGUCGAGUAAAGUAAACCGUGGGAACCAGGUGUGCUGUGGAGUGUAGACCGAGAAAAAGACAAACGGAAGGCAAUCAUUCUUAUUCACUCGCUACGCCCCUUCAAACGAAAAGGCUGAGAUCACCUCUCGUAGUGGAAUCUUCUAUGAGAUCGGGAUCAGCUUUUCAAUAUCAGUGACACUCGUCUCAGACACUCUCCGGGAAUUGGAACAAGAAUUCGCAAGUUACCGGCUUCAGAUCAAUCUCGUUAGCAGCAUCAGCACGAAGUCUGUUGAGUAUAGUAUAGACUCGAAACAAGUUAACGCAUAGCAUCACAUACUUUGCCACUUCUCAGUGAGCGAUAUUGCAAUAACGAACAUUGAUCCAAGUACCAUGGCCGAGAAUACCCAACGUUAUGGAAAAGCUGUUCCGUUCGUCAAAAGAAUUCAACAGCGUACUCCUGGUUUUUUUGGACGCGAACGCGGAGGUGGUCGAUCAAGGACAGCAAUGAUGGAUCAAAUGUGGGACAGCGACCGUUGGAAUAGACAAAGUUCAAAUCAGAACCUCGGACGUAGUAGACUACCUUGGUUUCGGCCACGGAAGGUAGAGCCGGAGAGUUCAGAUUUUAUGAAACUUGAAUUUCCGAGGGCAGAACCGACGGUUCAUUUUAGACGCCGCGGUGGACAAAAUUCAGAUUGGGAAGCUAAUAUACGUGGAUUGUACGAGGAAGAUUAUCUCGGGGAUUGGGCUUCACUGCGGGCAGCAACGAGAUCAAAUGAUUCGGAGCUUGGUACUUCAAAAAUUCGAAGAGAUGCAUCCGCGAGGGAAGACACGGACUACUACCGUGAGCACGAUCUCCGUCAGGCUCCGCAGCGUAAUCCAAAUCCAUAUGUAUUCGAGGAUGACGAAGCUGGUCCAUCGUGGGCUGAACCAACGGUGCAAUCGAGGGACCCCCGCGGCCGUUGGCGUAGACAAAGUUUAAAUUGGAACGAAAGCCGAGGUGAACCCUCCAGGUUUGAUUAUUCGGAGGAGGAACAGGCUGCACUGAUGGCCGAGCCAUCGACAUCGUAUUUAAAUUAAUUUUUCGGAGAACCGCAGGGAUGCACUGGUAAGACCCGUAUAUCCAUGAGCUUCAUUCCCACCCAGAGAUGGGAUUAGUUUUUACGUAAAGUUCCAUUUGCAAAAUAGAGGAUUUACGUUCCUCGGAGUUUUUUUUACUGCAAUUACGGAAGAUCGGGGCAAAACGGGAUGCUGGGAAAGAAAGGGAUGCUUAAAAAUUUCGGAAAUCAUAUUUUCUCAUUCUUUUAACUUUUUAUAUAUUUCCAAAAAAAAAAAAUAAAAAAUGGAAUUCUUUUAGAAUUUCAAAAAGAAAAUUCAAAAGAAAAGGAUAUUUUUCCCUGAAUUGGUGAAAAAAAAACGAGAAAUAUCAGAAAUAAUUCCAUUGUUAUCUUUCAGGCUGCUUCUCGAUAUGAGGAUUUAAAGUGCAUUGAACUUGAAUUGCAGCAUGAAGAAAAAAUUUCACAAAUUUUAUGCGGAAUACUCCAUUAAGGCUCACGAAAAACGUUUUUUUUUCGAAAAUUGUGAAGAUCGCGAUACGUUUUUUGAUGUUUCAGAAUAAUAAAUAAACGGAAAGCUUCUGAAACUA